CAGGCUCUUCUGGUUUCUCCGUUUGGUUAGGUUAGACAUGUAUACUGAUAUUUGAGUUGUUAGGUUCUUGAUCUUUUUGUUUAGCAAAAUAUUUAUAUCCUCCAACAAUUUGGGGAUGCUCUUGGUAAACUGCAGAACCUUUCUUGUAUUUAAGUUUCGUACUGCAGCUCCUUAACCUGGGCACAUGUUCUUGAAUAUAAUAAUGGACUUUUUAAAGUUUUUGUAACAGGUUCGGUUAAGUUUUAUUAGGUUUAGUUUCGCCAGUUUCCUGCAUGUGUUUACCAUAUAAUUUCCCUCUACUUCAAAUUCAUGCCCAGUUUGUGUGAUCAAAAUUGCAUUUUUUAAGUGAAAUAGAAAAGUAAAAUAGAAAAUUAAAAUUUGAUGAAAAUGCUAUACGUACAGCAGAUUUUUUCUCUAUUUACCUAUAUGCAAAUCAGUAUAAAGUUACAUGCUUGGUCACUACUGAAUUGUUACAGAGAAACCAUCACUGAAAUACAGUAUACCCUGUACAGAAUAUAAUUUACCAAGAUUAAACCACCAAGAACUGCUUCACUUGAGUACUGUAUUGUACCUAUUACUCAGUGGUUCAUUCCUACUAAUAUCAGCUGUGACUGAAUAAUAUUUGCUUACGUGCCGUGUCGGGGGUAAAGUUUACCACUGGUGUGAAGUACGUAUGAAAAUGUACGUGAUGAACAUAGGUCGGUCAGGACAAAGCAGCACCAUACCUAAGCUGAAUGAAGAUGCUGCCAUAGAACUAGGAGCAAAUUUAUUAGGAGAAGGAGUUAUUUUUGGAAUUGCUGUUGGAAUUUUGGCUUUUGAAGUAAUACGACAGAAGGAGAAGGAGAAGAAGAAAGAUGAGGAUGAGCAAGCAUUUAUCAACAGUCUUGAGAAUCGAAUAAACGAACUAACUUUUGCUUCUGAAGAACUUGACACCAAACUCCGUGAACUCACAAGAAAUAUUUAUGCUGUGCAGCAUCAAAUCAAGAUGAAAGAGACAAAAGCUGCUGUGACCUCAAAGACAACGGAUGUUGUUUUACACAGCAGCUCUCAUAGUGGUACAUCAUCAGGGGUCAUCGUCACAGCUUUAAUGUAUGCAAAGUCAAGGAUUUUUGAAAACACUCCAGAAAAGAGUUUUACCUCUGUAUCUCUUAUCACAACAGCUUUAUUGGAUGCAAAGUCAAAAAUUUGUGGGUGAAAAGACAUAAUAACUUUGGUCAUAAUAUCUUAUGGAGAAAAUAUAUAGGUUACUUGCUAGAUAACUUUAAAAGAUAUAAGAAUGAAUUUAACCUUUUCCUUCUGAUGCAGCAUAAGUACAUUAUAUUAUUUAAUACUGUACAGGUACUGUACUGUCAUUCUCUAAGAUUAUGGAUAAAAUUUUCUUAUUAAUGUGUCCAAAGUCAUUGAUAAAGAAUAAAUUACUUUUAUCAUACUGUAAUUCCAUAAAUAAAGAUGGGAAAGUAAAGUCAUUCCUGUUGAUUAAACAAUUUAAAAUAAUUAAUUAACCCCCUCACCUCAUAUUGGCCUAAAAGAAGUUUUAAUUUUUAUAUACUGUACUGUACUGUACAAGAGUCUCCUAUAAAGAUAAUAAUUUAAUCAAAUGAUAAAGAUUUAUACAAUUGACAUGAUUGUGAGUGGCAUGUGAGAGAUCCUGAACAUUCAAUUCCCUCUAUGCCCUGAUCAGAAAGGACAAAGUUACUAAGUAGCUAAAAAAUAUUUAUUAUAAUUAACUUCACUCAGUUCAUUCGGAAUUUGUUAUUGCUUGUAGAUAAGUAUAAAUUAGUGAUUCUUUUGAAAUUUAGUUUUUGCCCAAGAGAACAUACCCGGUACCUAUAACCACUUGGGUCUCUCUAUGCUGAAUAUAAAGAUCUGACAUUAGCCAAAUAAAAUGCUAAAAGUAGCAUUCCAUAGUGUAGGAGUUAAGAGGUAUCUGAAGCCCGACAUAUAAUCCCCAUUUCCCACUCUGUAAAAGUGGGUGGAUGAUAGGAAAGGCAUCUAGCAGUAAAACUUGAUCAAUAACUUGCCUGGUGGCAACUGGGACACCAAGUCAUCGGGUAAUCCCAGCUAACCCACACAAGUGUGGAAAAUGGCUGUAAAACAAUGAUAUGUGAGUAGCUUAAGAUAAUUUCUCCCUAUGUAAUUAUUAAGUAAAUAAACCUUUGAUGAAAAUAUGAAGAUCAAGUGAGCCUUUACACAUGAAGAUUAGAAGAAAAAAAUUUAACCUUCAGGGUUAGAUGUUAAAUCCAUUGUUCUAUGUUCUUUAGAAUGUGUUAAUUAAACAAUUUGUGGAAUUUCUUGAGAUAUAGAUUGAGGAGAGAAUCCUUGUCCUCUGAAACAGGGCACCAUGAGGGUAUUUAGGAGAUGGGAGCUCCUACAUGCCACUUACGACUCACUAAAAGUGUUUUUAUACUUCAAUCCUCCAUGUAUGAUGAACUUGCAAAGAUCUCUUCAGUGAUUUGACUCUUACCUAAAAGAUAUGAUAUGUGUGUUUGGCUGUCAUUAUUAUUUUGGUAAAUUUAAUAAGCACUCACUUAUGUACUCCCCAUCUAAGACUUGAAUAGAGUAUGAACAGUGGUAAAUGCUUUCUAUGACAGCUUGGCAUGACCCCCAUUGAUGAAUGUAGAAACCCCAAGGCAUAAGCUGGGGAGGGGGCAUUCCAUUAAAAUACAGCAUUAAGGCAUACACUGUAUUGUUUAAAUUCUUUUAUACAGUACCAGGUAUUUGAGAUGUAGUUUAUCCCAUAGGAUAAACUGGAACUAGUGUACUACCAUAUUAUUUUAAAACUUUUAAUCAGCAUUAACUAUAAUUAGUUAAAUUUCCACUAUGGAACAUUUGGGAAUGCAUCAAAGAUAGUAUUUAGUGGUCAAAAGUUUUACAUUUCUCCAGUGGUCUAUGGUGUUUGUAAUAAAGCAUGUUCUUUCUCAUAUUUAAAAUAAUACUCAAGGCCAGUAAUUUUUAUUUGAACUGGAGUAUCUUUAUUGUUUCAGCUUAUGUGUGCCACGUACUGUAGUUCUAGUCACAUUCAACCUGUAUGUAGUCUUGGACAAAGAGAAAUAUAGAGUGGACACUUAAC